GAAACGUGGCCAAGCCUUGAUGUGCCCCCACCGAUAAUGCCUGAAUUCAAUGCACUAGUGAACUUCGACAAAAUACCUCCGGCCCCUGUUAGACUCAAUGAAAGCGCGUGUCCGACAACGAAUUCCUAUUGCAAUUGGUAUUGUACAGGAUGUUUAAAUGAAGACAUCACCAACUGCCCAAAUCCUGGAGUCGAUCUAUUAAGUUUUUUAAAGUCACAGGGAAUCACCAUUACCUUUUUUGUGAUUGGUUCUAAUGUGGUCAAGCACCCGGAAAUUCUGAAACAGGCCUAUAACCUAGGUCACGAAAUCGGAAUUCACACCUGGUCUCAUCCAUACUUGACCACCCAGAGUAACCAGCAAAUAAUAGCUGAAUUGCAAUGGACUGCAAAGAUUAUAAAUGCCACUAUCGGUGUUACUCCCGCAUAUAUGCGUCCUCCAUACGGUGAUGUCGAUGAUCGAGUUCGCAACAUCGCAUCUCAACUUGGCUAUAAGGUUGUUCUCUGGGACAGAGACACCAAAGAUUGGAUGUUCUCGAACUCGGCCUUCAAAUUUAGUUGGAUAGAAGAAAAUUUUACCACAUGGGUAAAUCAACCGUCUACUACCGGUCAUAUAUCACUUGAACACGAUUUAUAUAAUCAGACUGCUAUGCAAGGUCCAAAGAUCGUGCCCAUUCUUCUCGGUGCACACUACAAGAUUAAACCUGUGGCUCUAUGUACUGGGGACACUAAUCCUUAUCAAAGUGAUCUUAAUGAUUCCAGUAACAAUGGUUCAACGCAGACCACUUGUUCGUCUAAUUCGCCCACCUCGACAUCUACUUCAACUGCGGUGACUGCUGGUUUAUCUGCGUCAACAAGCGUUGAC